UUGGAAAUUCUACAAAUAAAAUAUCAAUCUGCCGUUUGGCUUAUCAAAAUUUUCGUUGAAUGUUUUUGGAUGUUUAUUUCAUAAAAUUCAAGUUACGACCCAUCUUUGUUAAAUUUUCGUAUCGAUCAUAGUGAAAAUGGGAGCUACUUGUUGUCCAGAUCCAUGCUCAAACCGCAAAUCCUUGUUGGCGAAACUGAAAAACCUGGUUUGUCAAAUCGAUGACAAAUGCUGCUCGCCUUGUGGACCAUGCAGCCCCCCACCAACUUGUUCCCCGUGCGGACCGUGUGGACCGUGUGGACCUUGCGGACCUUGUGGACCUUGCAAGCCAUCUUGCGGACCUUGUCCUCCUUGUGGAGGAUGCUGCCCGGGCACAUGUCCUCCUCCGAGUAAUCCAGUGCCAGUUUGCUUCCCCUCCGGCUGUGGCUCGCUCACCGUUCCUCCAGUACUACCUAUAUGUACACCAUGCAACCCCCCUUGUGUUCCAGUUUGCAAUCCAUGCCCGACAGAACAACCCUGCGUUCCAUGCAACCCUCCCCAGAUGAUGGUAUGUUAUAGGAAACCGAAAAGAUGCUUCCCAUUGACCAGGUCAAAAUCUGUUGAGUUGAGGGCUGGAAUCCUUUACGUAGGUUGUGACUGUGAACGGCUGAAUGGUCUACAAGACGAUUGUCGAAGGGCGGAAUGCCAAGGUGCUCCUCCGUGUCUGACGAUGCCCAAGCCAACAUGUGGACCUAGUGCUUACGCCUUCGGAAAGCAUCUCGGCAAGAAAUAUGGUUGCGCACCUUGUGAUCUUGAAGAAUACCAGUGUUACCCAGCCUAUAUAAGAUUACCUUCUGCUCCACCAUGUGGUCCGUGUUCUCCUUGUGGUCCACCAGCAGGACCUUGUGGGACUUGUGGACCUUGUGGACCUUGCCCAUCUCCUUGUGGACCUUGCCCAUCUCCUUGUGCUCCUUGCCCUAAACCUUGUGGACCUUGUGGUCCAUGUCCAAAGCCUUGUGGGCCCUGUGGACCUUGUGGACCCUGUGCUCCAUGUAUACCAUGUUGUCCACCUCCUCCAGUGAUUCCUUUGAUAGCAGCUGCACCGUGCCCACCACCAAUAUGCCCUGCACCUCCACCACUCGUGCCUGUUGGAAAAAUCGUACCAGUUUCCCGUUGUUUGCCCACUUGUCCAGUGCCACCCCCCGUGGCUUGCUGUCCACCUUGUUGCCCUCCUGUUGUACCCCCUGUGUGCUCGCCUUGCUGUUAUCCACCCUGUUUUUCUCCACCGUGUUGUCCGACAGCAUGCUGUUCACCUCCCGCUUGCGGUCCAUGUCCGCCGAUGAAGUGCUGUUGAAAACAUCUUCAGUGUAUUGUGGUGUAAAGCUUAUUGUGAUGUCUAACGAUUGUAUUGUUUCAGCUCUUUGUAUUGUCUUAUGUGAAAAAAAUUAAACCUAGACGAGUUCUACCGAAA